AUGGAGGACUACGAAACUAUGGCAUUGACAGAAGAAUGCAACGCCAUUCUACAAAGGAAGCUUCCACAGAAGUUGAGGGAUCCUGGAAUUUUUACAACCCCUUGCACAAUUAGUAACUUUGAGUGUAAGCACACGUUGUGUGAUUUGAGAGCCAACAUUAAUCUCUUGUCUCUAUUAAUAUACAGAAGACUUGGUUUGGGUGAAGCAAAGCCAACUAUUGUCACAUUACAGUUAGCAGAUCGAUCAGUGGGUCAUCCGAGGGGGAUCAUAGAAGAUGUGUUAGUAAAGAUCGAUAAGUUCAUCUUCCCAACAGAUUUUAUAGUUUUGGAUAUGGAGGAAGAUACAAAUGUGACAAUUAUCCUUGGAAGACCUUUUCUAGCAACAAGACAAGCUCUAAUUGAUCUUUAA